AUGAAGUUCACCGUCAUUCCCUUGUUAGAGGGAUCCGCUGAUCCGUUUGAGCUCGAUGAAAAGGAAGUAACCCCACGUCGAUUCGUUGAUCUCUUGGAUAGCCGCAAAGCUUUGAUUUUCCGCAAUGAAGAGAAAACCAGCAGUGUCGAGGACUUUGGUCAUUUUGUGACAGAUCUCAAGCUCAUGAAAUACCCAUACAUUGGAGGGGCAGCUCCUCGCACCAUUAUCCCUGUCGCGGCAGGAAAGGAUAUUAUAUUCACAGCCAAUGAGAGUCCUCCCGACGAACCCAUCCCCUUUCACCAUGAACUGGCUCAAUGCCCCAAUCCACCAGAGUAUGUCUUUUUCUACUGCGAAACUGCUGCUCCAAAGGGCGGUCAAACGCCACUAAUUGAUAGUACUGCCGUGUACAAAUUUGCUAAAGAUAACCAUCCAGAGUUCAUUGAGAAAGUCAUGAAACACGGCGCCAGGUACAUUCGAACCUUGCCUGCCGAAGACGACCCCUCCUCUCCCAUUGGGCGCAGCUACAAGAAUACAUGGAACGUCAAGUCUGCAGCUGAGUUGGACAAAAAGCUGGGAGAUAUUGAAGGAUGCACUUGGGAAUGGCAGCCAGAUGGGUCAGUGCGGGUCUGCACAGAAGCUGUCCCUGCCAUUCGUCUCGUCACGGAUCAUGCAUCCAACCACGUCUUUCAAUGGACUUUUGCUAACUCGAUUGUUGCUGCCUACCUCGGCUGGGAAGAUUCUCGGAACGAUCGACACGAUGCACUCCGUUUUGGUAACAUGGACAAAAUGGAUGAGAGUAUUUUGCAAGACAUUGCAGAUUACAUGGAAAGAAGUCGAGUCCUCCAUGAUUGGAAGGACGGUGAUAUCAUGGCCGUGAACAACCGCCUGGUCAUGCAUUCUCGCAACCCGUUCGAAGGCAAGAGACGCGUGUUGGCAUCUGUUUGGGGAUGCCCCGAAAGCUCCGUGUGGAAGGUGGAUCCAGCCAAUGGAAUUGCUAUUGGAUCCCGUCCGGCAUCCUCUUACGACGCUAUGAAACCGGCAGAACCCCUGAUCUUUGGAUUUUGGAAGGUUCCAAAGGACAAGUGUGCUGAGGCUGCCUACAAGGCCAUCGCUUCUGGAUACAGACGGCUGGAUUGCGCCUGUGACUAUGGCAACGAAAAGGAGGUGGGCCAAGGCAUUGCCAGGGCUAUCAAAGAAGGUCUUUGUUCCCGAGGAGAUCUUUUCGUUACGAGCAAACUCUGGAAUACUUAUCACAAGCCAGAACAUGUGCCAAUGGCGCUGGAUCGCUCAUUGAAGGAUCUCCAGUUGGACUAUCUCGAUGAGUACUUGAUCCAUUUUCCAAUUUCCAUGGAGUUUGUGCCUUUCGAAGCGCGAUAUCCCCCAGAAUGGACCAACAUGUCAGGAGACAUGGUAGUUGUUCCCAACGAUAUGGGAGAGACUUGGAAGGCUAUGGAAAAUCUUGUGGAUCAAGGUUUGGCAAAGACGAUCGGCGUCUGCAACUUCUCAACUCAGUUGCUUCGUCAGCUUCUUUCCACAGCUCGCAUCCGUCCUUCCACCUUGCAGGUCGAAUUGCACCCCCACAACUCCCAGAAGAAUCUGGUUCGCUUUGCUCGUGACGCAGGGAUGAAGGUUACCGCCUUCUCGGUGUUUGGCUCGUCCUCCUACGUCGAAUUGAACAUGGCCACCGAUCAAGACAGCUUGAUGAAGGAUGCCACCAUUGUGGAAAUUGCUUCAAACAAGGGCAAAAGCCCGGCGCAAGUUCUCCUUCGGUGGGCCAUUCAACGCAACACGUUUCCUCUGUGCAAGACAAGCACAGAAAGUCGCAUGGCUGAGAACCGUGAUGUGUUUGAUUUCCACCUAAGCACGGAUGAAAUGGCCCGAAUUGAUGGCUUGAACCAAAACCGCCGCUACAACGACCCAGGUGCCUUUUGUGAACCUGGAAUGGGCACGUUCUGUCCAAUCUACGAUUAG